AUGAAGUGUGGCAUCGUCCUAGUUGCGCUUGCCUUGUUAAUGCUAGGCAGCUGUCCCCUCAUCCAUGCUCUCUUCAGACAGCCUGCAAUAAUGGAUGGAACACUGCUUGAAGUUCCGGACCAGGAAGAGGAGGAGAGGAUGUGGGUGGACCCAACCCCCAAAAUCGAAGAUAACGAUGGCAACGACGUGGACGAUGUUGGGACCAAACGAACGCUGGAGGAGGCAGAGGAGCGAGAGAAGGAAGCAAAGCGAAAGGCUGACGAGGAGGAGGAGGAGUUUGAACGACUGAUCCAUAUUGAAAAAUUCAAAAGGACUUUGUUGCAACGUCUCCACUUGACCUCCCCUCCUGACUUCAGCCAUCACGGUGGUAUGGCCAACCGAACACAUGGAAGACGUGUGCUUCGAUCCCUUCCAUUGGCUCUUCAAGGACGCCUCUUAAACCAGAUGCGUGCUGAAGAUGGAAUGGCAGAGCCACCACCGGAUAGAACGGACGAGAGGGAAACUCUUAUCCUUCUCAAACACCUGCACUGGAGGCUACCAAAAGUUGCCUCUGCUACUUUUGGAAUUGAAAUGGCUGAUGACAUCGACCCCUCGAGAAUUCAGUCGGCUUUUCUCCGAUUUGAACACGUUGAGGUUUGGGAGAUCUUCAUGACUCCGAGUGAGGAGGAAGGGAAAAUGACGAACGCAGCGGUAGACCAACCGUCUUUGGAACAAUACAAUAACCUGACGUGGAUGUUCGAACGACAACCCACCAAAUACACGAGUCUUCCAGCACCCACAGUUAUUCGUCGAUCCUUAGGGUCCCCAAUGGAACGCCGUCGAACUGGUUCCAUCCGCAUUCGUCCGGGUCGUCUGGCGGAGACCUUUGUGCCGAGUUGUCCGGGUUUGGUUCAAGUCACCUUUGAAAUCAGUGGCUCCUUCGCCCAGUGGAUGUCACAUAGGCGGCGAAUGCCACUGAUGCGAAAACUAGUCCGCUCUCUCAUUGUUGUCUGUCCGGAUUGCAGCAGUCAUGUAGAUCCUGUUGAUGUUAACAAGGGCAUCCUUGAAAUUCAUCACCGCAAUAUCGUUCGACGAACACGGAGGUCGCUUGACACCAACAGCUCUCAGCAUGUCCCCAUCGGGAAUCCGUGCAGCCCGAAGGGACACAAGUUCAGCUGCUGUACGCAGCCCUUCUCGUUGAACUUAGAGGAUGUUGGUUGGAAUAACUGGAUUCUUCAUCCAAAAACCGUUGAACCCAACUACUGUCACGGUUCUUGCCAAGCUGACGGGAUUCAGAAGACCCCGCAUUCUGACCUGAUGCACUUGUACCGGAGUCAAAAUUACGACCGCCUCUCAGAAGUUCAGCGGGAAGCGAUGCUCUCCUGUUGUCACCCCGUCAAGAUGGCAAGCACCAGUGUGCUCUACGUGGAUCCCGACAAUGAGUUGCACAUGGACACCCUUCACAACAUCAUUGUCCUAGAGUGCGGUUGUAGUUGA